AGUUUGGCAAUACUGAACUUGCACACCCAGGACCCAAGGGAGCUGUUAACAAUGGUACUCAGCCACGAUCCUUCGCAGCUGUAGCGAGUGGUAGUAAUGAGGACAAUGAGCAAGUUACUAUUGUGAGUGUUACUGAUUGUGAACAAAGCGAGGGACAAAUUAAUACAGCUCUAGUUAAUGAUGAUGAUAGUAACAAAGGCGAGAGCGCAAAUGACCCGGGACCGCCGUCGAAUAAUAUCGAUUGUCCAAAACAAAGUCAAGUAAUUAGAAGUUCAAAAACAAGUGAAAAUCAAAAUGAAGCGAGUUUAGUUGACUCAAAGGAGUUUAUUGGCGUGGAACGGCGCAACACAAAACGAUUGUAUCUAGGUGGUGUUAAAGACGGGGUUCACGCGAGCACUAUAAAAGAAUUUAUGCAGGGAAAAGGCGUUCAGCCGACUUUCGUACGAAUGAUGAAAAGUCGGCGAAGCGGCACCGUUGCUGUGCGUAUAAAUGUCAGAGUUUCAGAUAUUAAGGAGAUUCUUGAACCAUGCAAAUUUUUGGCCGAAAAAU